GGGGCGCCCGAGAGCUGAGGACGCAGCUCCGGGGCGGAGCGGAGAGAGCGGAGCAGGAUCCGCCCCCAUUAUCUGGCGGGAAAAGCCUGAGGAGAUUUUUUUUUUUAAUUUUUUAUUUAUUUUUAUUUUUAAGUAUUUGUGAAAUCUGAGGAUGGUGGGACGAGACGACUAAAUCCCACUUUCCUGUGAUACUGUAGCCGGAAAAACUGUCGAAAUCUGUGGUAACAAGUGUUUUAUAUUCCCCAGUACUUCCGGUAGAAAUAAUUGCGUGUUUUUCAGCAGGUCCUAUUUGAUUUUUAUGCGGGCCAGUUUCUGCUCUGGUUCCCUAGGUGACCUCUUUGGCGGUGUUUAGCGCUGGCAAAGGAACGUUAAGACAAAGCGCGGUGACUUGCUGGGGUAUUUUUUCCCCUCCGGAAGAGGGUGUGGGGGCAGGGACGAGGUCGGCGCCCUUAGACCCGCCCCGUUCUCGGUGCGUGGGCGGGGCAGUGCUGCCUGUCACCGGCUCCUCGGAGGCCGAGGCAGGAGGCUCGAGAGUUCCACGCCCGCCGGGGAGCCACAAGGGAAAAACUGUAUCCCAUUGUCACAGGGCUUGUGCGCUUCGUACCUUCAGGCUAAGGGGAAAGCAGGAAGAGUUUGGUAGGAAAUAGGAUAAAUUCAUGGGAUAAGAGAAGAUGGCGUCUAGAGUAAAUACCAGUUUCACUUUGAUACCCAAGCAAAAAUGUAGACGUUCUAAUCAUCACUCCAGCUAUUUUUGCAACACCCUUGAUUCAGAUCCUCAACUCUUAUCUACACUUGGAAAUUUUAAAGUCUUACCAUUGGAAAUAUUACACAUAAUUUUAAGAUACUUGUCAGUGAAAGAUAUUGGCAUGUUAAGUAUGGUGUCUAAAACAGUCAGCCAGCACAUAAUUAAUUAUAUCUCAACAUCAUCUGGAAGUAGGAGACUUUUACUACAGAACUUUCAUGACCUUGAUCUGCCUGGCACAAAAGAAGAGACUGCUCUACUGGAGCACUACAGAGCUCUAGGUCUACUAUUUAAAAGAUGCACCUUGCUGCUUCCCACCAAGGAAAGACUGAAGUACAUUCACAAGAUACUCUCAGAAGUAUCCUGCUUUAAAUUCAGUGGCUGUUCAGUUCCUUUGCAGUGUUUAGGAUUAUCAUGUUACGGCAUGUUUUUACAGACCUUAACAGCAGGUUGGGAUGAACUUGAAUGCCAUCGUGUGUAUAACUUCUUAUGUGAGCUGACUAAUCUCUCCCGAAAGAUGCAGACAGUUGUCUGCAACAAACCAGGAAGUGCUCGAAAACUAGAGUUAAGGGUUAGACUAUUCUGUCGGAAUGUCCUACUUGAUCACUGGACACAUCGAAGUGAUUCUGCAUUUUGGUUAACUCGAAUUUUAAAGCCAUGGCCAAUGGUGAAUCAGGCAAGAUUGCUAUAUAUUAUCUUUGGACCAACAUCUCCUCAUGAUGGGCAGGUGAUUUGGCAGGAAAUGAUAGAAGGACCUACAGAUGAAUCUAGUCUGAAAGGUUUGGCUAAUGCCAUUAAGUUACUGUAUGACACAGGUGCCAAAGGCUGGACAGCAGAUGAUGUCAUCAGUCUUGUAGAUGAACUAUCAGUGGUUCCCCGGGAGUGGCUUCUGGAGAAUAAUGCACGCCUCCUAAUCCUGAGCGGGAACAACAUCUGCUUCACUUUCAUGGCCAGUAAAGCUGUAAAUGGACGAGCCGUUGAACUGGCAAGACUUGUAGUCUUUUUGGCUUUGGUGUGUGAGAAAGAGUUGUACUGCAUGGACUGGACAGUCAGAAUGAUGCAGAAAGUCUGCAAAGUCUUCAGCACUGCAGCAGAGAGGAAGAGCUUCCUGCAGAGCAUAGCAAAUGCUUUUGCCUGUGUCACGAUGGAAAUGCUGCAGCCUGUUAUGUCGGGAGAUCGCGAUGACGAUGACAGAGGCUUCCUGAAUCUGUUCCAUCUUCUCCAUGCUCAGGCGAACUUCCAUAAGGAGGUGCUGUAUCUGACCAUGAACGCUAUCUCUUCCUAAGUCAGGAAGCUUGUGUCCCUCUGGACUGGCAUUCAGGGGAGUGAUGCCUUUUCACAUCUAAGGAUAGCACCUAUGGGACUCUUGAGAAUCUAAUUAACCAGAAACUCAGUUGCACAAGACUUUACCUAUAACUGUUUCACUCUGAUUAUUACAAAAUAGCAGGCAGACCCAAGAAUAUAUUGCAACUUUUCUGGAAAACAAGUUCUGGCUCUUCAGGUCUUGGUAAAUGUAACAUCAAACCAAAUCAGAGUGUUAACUAUCCAAGAGUCGGCAGCUGGCUCACCCUAUCUAUCUGGCUCUUUGAAGCAAGAGCUAGCUCUGCCUUUUUAAGAGCAGAUCCGCAUUCAGUGACUAGUGCUCUCUGUUGCUUUGCUUACUUUGAGCAGAUACAGCCCACAUGUUCUCUAAGGAUUUGUAAUACUGACUUUUAGAAUGUACAUUAUGUAAGUCACAUUCUUUACCACCUUCUUAGCAUAUGGUUACAAAACAAUCUUAUAUUUCAUUUAUAUUUGUAUGAACUAAUAGAAAAAUUCAAAAUAAAUAUGUAUAGAUAAUAUAUAUGUAUAUUUAUAUAUGUAUAGACACAUGUUCAUAUAUUUCCUGCAAGACAAUCAUCCAAAAGGUCUACAAAUGGAGGAAGAUGUGUGUGUGUGUAUAAACUGUAGUUUUCAGAUAAUGGAAUCAUCUUGUAACUUCCCUGGGGAUUAGAGCAGAAAAUUGCAAGCAGAAGAAAAACAUAAUAGAAGUAAGCAGCUGUCCUGCUGCCAGAACAAUCUUUAUAAGUCACUUCUUUUCUUGUAAGACUUUCCUCCCAACCCCAGAAAGUGGGGCUGAUGACUGUAGAAUAUCCAAAGAGAGAGGGAACAGGGCAGGAGGAGAGAGAGAGUUUGUGGAUCCCCAGAAACUCUAGGCCCAUAUAGUCGACCAACCACCUCCCUUCACCUCCACUUACGUCAAAGUGGCUAUAAUGCAGGGGCCUCCUGUAGCUUUUCUUCUUCUCCACUCAAACCCAGGGCUUUGUGCAGCUAAGCAAGGACUUUGCCACUGAGUUUCCCCAACCCACACUCACCUUCCCACUCAAUUCUCAGAAGCUGACCUUCUUUCUUUUCCUCGGCAUACUGGGAGAUCAAGAAAUCACCUUCAGCAGGGGGGUAUAAAGAAAAUCCAUGAAUUUUAACAAAAGGCUCAGUGAACAUUUGAUAGUACUGAGGACAGUGAAAAUUGUGGAGAAAUAAAAAUUGUGAUAUCAGGAUUUUAUUAUGUCUCAAUAGCAGAAACACACUUAAUAUGGAAGGAUCAAAAUUGCCUUUUUGUUGUCUAAGUAUAAUUCUACUAGUGGGAAGAUUUUGGGGGCUUUUCCUCCAGAGUUUAUUUGAAGAUUUAGGGAGGGAAACAUUCUUGCUUUUGUUCUUCAUUUAAUUUUCUUCUGUUCAGCUGAAGAAUUGAUCUGUAACCAACAGCCUGGGCAGCCUGCAGUAACAGAAAGUGGUAGAGUACAAAGUAACACCUCAGAGUGGUUCAUUUUUUCCUCUAUCUAUGAUAGUCCCAUACCUACUUUGGAAAGAUGACUAAAUUUACUUAUCAAAACACUAGUGUUUUUAGGUUGACAUUUUCUUGGAAAGAAAGGGAGAAAAAAGGAAAUGUUAUUGGGAAAGGUAUUUUACUAUUUAUUUUAGGUUUCUUGAAUUACGGUUUCUCUACAUAUCCCUGGCUGUCUUGAAACACUAUGCAGACCAAGUUGGCUUUGAACUCACAGAGAUCUACCUGCUUCUGCCUCCUGAGUGCUGGGAUUAAAAUUGUGUGCCACCACAUCUAGGUCUAAAGAUCUUGAUAAGUAGAUAAUUUCAUUUUAGGAGGCUAAGAGUACUACAGGCUGCUCUUACAGAGAACCCAGUUCAGUCUCUAGCACCCACAUGGCAACUUAACACCAUCUGUAACUCCAGUUCCAGGGGAAACCUUGGCCCUCUUCUGGCCUGUACAGGCAUUUUAUACAUUGUGCACAUCCAUUCACUCAUCCAGUCAAAAUACCCAUACACAUAGAAUAAAUAUAAACCUUUUAAAAGAUAAUUUUCUUAGAGAAAGAAAUGUAUCAGUAUGAAGUUUGCUUUGAAUAAUGUAAGUCUCCACAAUUCAGAUAACUUACCAAAGAAGCAUGUUUUAAUUAAGACAAUUUAUUGUCUGUACUGGGAAUUGAACUCAGAGCCUCACACCUGCUAGAUAACUACUCCACUACUGAGCUAUCAUUCUGAUCAUUUAAAUUUUCUUAAUUUUUUAUUGGGAUUUGACUGCAUCUUUGUUGACAUAACUCAUUGCUAUAAAUUAUUUUAAAUUCAUGUAAUUUUGUUAAUCUUGGUUACUUUCCCCACUUCUGAGUUUAAAUCUGAAAGAAAAUUAAGCCAUGAAAACAGUAAUGGCCUUUCUUCUUCCUGAGACAGGGUUUUUCUGUGUAGCCCUGGCUGUCCUAGAACUUGCUCUGUAGACCAGGCUGGCCUCGAACUCAUGAGCUUCACCUGCUUUUGCCUCCCAAGUGCUGGGACUAAAGGUGUGCGCCACAAUUGUCUGGCUCCUUUUUUCUGUCUCUAAAAACUAAAUUGGCAAAUUCUUCAUCUAUUAAUAGAUAAAGUAAAUUUGGGAACAAAUUUGAAAUUUCCACAAUUCAGUGAUCUAGUUAUUGAUUUUGCUAAGUACAUUUGUCAUUAAAAAAAAAAGUGAUUUUGAGUUUUAAAGAGAGACAUUAAGGGGCUGAAGGGCUGGAGAGAUGGCUCAGUUGUUAAGAGCACUCACUGCUCUGGGUCCUGAGUUCAAUUCCCAUUCAAUUCCUAGCAACCACAUGAUAGUUCACAACCAUCUGCAAUGGGAUCCAAUGCCUUCUUCUGGUCUGUCAGAAGACAGUUACAGUGUACUCACAUACAGAAAAUAAAUCUUUAAAAAGAAAAAGAGAGAGACAUUAACUUGAAAAAGACAUUUGUAUAGCAAAUGUUUAAGUAACAGGCAGUCUAAUCACACACACAUACACACACACAAACACACAAAGUGGAACUUUUGAAAAUGAGUAGACUGUCAGGGCAGUGGUGGCGCAUGCCUUUAAUCCCAGCACUCGGGAGGCAGAGGCAGCUGGAUUUCUGAGUUUGAGGCCAGCCUGGUCUACAGAGUGAGUUCCAGGACAGUCAAGACUACACAGAGAAACCCUGCCUUGAGAGAGAGAGAGAAAGAAUGAGAAUGAAUGAGUAGACUGAAAUGCUAGAACUGGCUAGACUGGAGUUAACUAGAAUAGUCACAAAAACACGGUAAGCUUUCCAAUAAACAGAUAAUUUUUCCUGUCUUUUUCCAAAUCUUCUCAAGUUACUGUGAUCACUGGAGACCCAGGCUCCCAGAAUGUCUUUUCCUCUGUGUGUGGAUCUCCUUUUACUAGAAGGGAAAGCCAAUGACAUCACUGCACUGCUGUUAUUGUUAUUUCUGUACACACAACAUACCAUGUUGCCACUCAUUUUAGGAACUGAAGUUUAUAUCUUGUGAUGACUAUGUUAACUGUGAAAUGAUGCACUUGUAGCAGCACACUGUUGUGGUGAUGCCAUCUGUCCUCUUAGUCCCUAAGUGGUGGCGUGUGUGUUCCAGUGGCAAAGUUCAGCACUGUUCAUCCGGCACCAGCUUAGAAGUUCCUUAUCCUGUGCGCCUGGUCGACUCUGUUUGCACUCCUAGGUCUUUGUUAAUAACAGUUUAUUGCUAGGGGAACUGUUCACCUUUGGAGAACAGAGCAAGCAGGAGGUGCCCAGUAGAAGGUGUAAUGACAGAACCAGUUCAUGUCUGAAAAGUAAACACUACCCUCUGUGUGUGGUUAGCUUCAAGGUCAACAACCUCCUGGGAAUAGUACUCAGUCACGUGAUUGCAGAUUUGUACUUGCCCUUGACAGCCUCCUUUCGUACUGGAAACUGCAUUAGCACCCCACUAGCUGUGGGCAGUGUUAUCUCAAGCGCAUUGUGUUGUGCUAAACAUCUUUGAAAACUAAUAUUGUAUUUGUUCAACUUUAAUAUCUUAUUCAUUCUAAUAAAAUUAAGUUAAAAUUAA